AGUUAUGUCUUCACUGCCAAUUAAAGAGACCGCUAAGUACAAGUUAAAGAGCGAAAUCCCUAAACCCAUCUCUCGCAGGUAUCUUCUUUUUCCUAUACCUUAUCUUCUUCCUCGUCUCCCGACACUCUCUAUUCAUCUUCAAAUUGCGGCGAUUUCCUUCUCCUCAUGUUCUGUGAUCCACCAGAAGCCCCUAUUAACCUCCAAUAUCCCACAGUUCUCUCUUCUUCUCCCGCUUCCCGCCUCGAAAUUCCCCUGCGCUCGCCACGCCCUCGUCGCCCCUCUAUCCUCCGGCCUCCGCGCGGCGGCUUCGGUGAUCCGCGCGACUGCUGUGGGUUCUGAUUAUUCGUCAAGGAGGGGUGGCGGCAGCGGCAACGAGCCCAGGGAGACUAUCCUGCUUCCUGGCUGCGAUUAUAAUCAUUGGCUUAUUGUGAUGGAGUUUCCCAAGGAGCCGGCUCCUACGCGGGAGCAGAUGAUCGAGACAUAUCUGGACACGCUUGCCACUGUUCUCGGAAGCAUGGAAGAAGCCAAGAAGAACAUGUAUGCGUUUAGUACAACAACUUAUACAGGGUUCCAGUGCACUGUCUCUGAAGAAACAUCAGAAAAAUUCAAAGGACUGCCAGGCGUUCUUUGGGUAUUGCCUGAUUCAUAUAUUGAUGUCAAAAAUAAAGAUUAUGGAGGUGACAAAUAUAUAAAUGGGGAGAUCAUCCCCUGUACCUACCCUACUUAUCAACCCAAGCAACGUUCAAAGAAUGAAAGCAGAAGAUACGUGAGACGCAGGGAUGGUCCAACACCAGAAAGGAAAAGAAGCGGCGAUUCAUCUCAGGCUGGGCCUGCUUAGGCAUCAGUCUGAAGCAUUCACCGGCCUUGAUUUACAAUUAUCUAUUUUAGGAUCAUCAGUUGUCGUGUUCGUAUAUUGGAAGGCUACAUGAAUUUAGCUGGAUGCCUCUUGUGGCAAUGGCGCUGCAAAUUUUUAGGUGUGCCAUUACCAUGUUCGGGCGGGGGUGACAGGAAGUGUGGGUUCAUAUUCUUGAUGUUGACAGCCACGAACAGUUAAUAGAAGAAGCUCUACUUUGUAUGAGCGGAGACUGUUUAAACUUAUUAACCAUUAAUCUUAUUGAUUAUUAUCGCUUGCA